AUGGCCGUCGGGUUCCGUCGGACGCUCACCUCGCUGGCGUCGCCCAAGUCGGUGGCGCCGUCGUUCCUGCUGGACUGCGCGCGGCCCAGAAAGCUGGCGUACGCGCGGGUGCGAUCCACCAGCCUCCCCGUGCGCCUGCACCCGCUGGCAGCGGCGCUGCACGACGCGGCGCGCGCGCUGCUGGCGUGGGCCGACGCGCCCGCGCGGACGGGGCCCGCGUGGGUCGCCGACGGCGCCGCCCGCGCGGGGCGCGUCCUGGCGGGGCUCGCCGACCUGCUCCACCACCCGCAGGCGCGCGACGCGCUCCGGCGGCACCCCUGGACGGAGCAGCUCCUCGACGACCUCCUCCUCCUCGCCGACCUCCACGGCAGCUUCCGCGAGUCGCUCGUCGCGCUCCGGCAGCUCCUCCGGCGGUCGGCGCGGGAGGUGUCCCGCCUGGCCUCCGCCGCGCGGGACCUCUCCCACCGCGCGGCGCCCGGCGACGAGCCCGACGAGGCCACGCUCGCCGACGCCCUCGCGGCCGCAACGGCCGCCGUGUCCGCCGCCUCGUCCGCGGUCUUCGCCGGCGUUUCGACCGCGUCCGCCGAGUCCGCCGCCAGCGCCGCGCCGUCCCCGCGGACGCCGACGCCCUACUCCCCGGCCCGCACGCCCGCCAGCCCGAUGUGGCUGGUCACCGACCUGCUCCGGCGGCGGCGGGCCGUGUCGUUCGAGGACUCGUGCAACGAGGAGGAGGAGGAGCGGAAGGCGGCCAUGGGCAGGGUGCGCGGGCUCGAGGCGUGCGUCGGCGCCGCCGAGGCCGGCUGCGAGGAGCUCUACCGCGCGCUCGUCAGCGCCAGGGUCUCCCUGCUCAACCUGCUCACGCCCACGUUCUAG